UUGAAAGGUGGAAUCAUUAGCAAUUCUAGCCGCCAGAGAUAAAUGAUUGCUGGAGGUAUGGGAACAUCAGUGGCAUGAACACUCACUUAAUUGAGUGUGCUAGGAUUUAGCGUGACAGCGGUACAAAUAAGGAAGUCAAAGCUGCCGCUGGUACUAAAGACCAAGCCUUAAAGUUGAAACGUUAAUAUGAGCACUGUCACGUUAUACUCGACGACUAAUCCACUCCACCUGCGUGGCAGUAUACAGUCGAUGCCGUGAAAUAUUUGAUGUUCCACAAAAGCUUGUAAUUUUCUAAAUAAUCUCCAAAGUUUGGGGGUCAUGGGCGGAGCAUGGUGUGGUGCUGCACAAGGAAAUGUAAAAAAAAAAGACAUCUUCGAGCCAGAAAUAAUUACUCCAUCAUCCUUCAUUUCAAUCGAAAUAGCCUACUUGUAAAAUUUCCCGUUUCGUUUCAUGUUGUCUUUUCAGUCCCUUUUUACAUGCAAACGUGCAUACAUGCACAUGUACAUGUAAACACGUCACCACUGCGUACAGGCGCCAUCGCAUGCAUUGUGAAAAUAUUUCCCACCACUCUUUCAUGAUGAUGCACGGAUCAAAGUUCAUUACAUAGUUUGUAAUUGAUCAAUACGUACGACCUUGGGCAUGCCACUUUCACAAAAGAGGCUUAAUCAGUCAACCAUGGAGAAAAACACAGUUCAUACAAGGCCAUACUUAUAACAGCACAUUGUGGGGUAUCAAAUCUUUUUCUUUGUUUUCCAUUACUAAUAAUACAAGUAUCAUUUAUACAAGGUAAUUUAUAAGGUCCGAAGGUUCUAGUUAUGAAAGGGUUCCAUUGUAUUUUGCUCAGCCAAAUAGAAGGCAGCGUUUAUAUAAAACGGGGAGUCCCCACAUGUAGCCCUGUCAUUCAAGACCACGAAAAGGACUUAUUGCAUGAAUGCGUCUAUAUUUCAUUUCCGUGUGGUAAAAAUACACUUUAGCGAUAUAACAUCAGAUAAUCAAUCCUUCGAAUAUAUUUAUACCACUGGUUCAUGUAGUUCAUGUCAAGAGAUGCGCAUGCGCAUGCAAUGCAAAGACGGUCACAUGAUCUGUUAAUCAUUACUAUAAAGCAUUUACGCUGUCUUAAUCGCACACUGUCAUUGGCUGUUACUAUUUAUUCAAAUUCUUGUACUUUUCAGAGAUGGGUGCUGUUCCAAGGGGUCAUAAAAACAGGCAUCUUUCAACUUAAAGUCUUCAAGCAGUCAGAUGAGAAGAUUCUCAAGACAGCCCACACCAUCUCUAAGGACACGUUCGUGGGUCUCGAGAGAGGGAAGUUUGACGACCCCAGAAAAAGCAGUCAAAAGGCCGGCCAUCAGACACCUUGCUACCUUGCUAUCUUGCUGGUCACAGACACCUUAGUGUUUCAUGAUCACACGUCGAACUUGACAAAAUGGCAGACGGGCGUCGGGAAAUACUUUCCCAGCAAGAGCUGGGAAGUGGUACCCAUGACGGGAGUCGCUGCACCUAUCUCCCAAGUUGUGCUCCAUGUUACCCAGCAUGCAAUGUCCCUAGCUACAACAAACCCACCUAAGCACUACCAGCGAUGGGCCCUGGGUAGGGUGAUGGAGUACGGCGUCUGGGGCGCGAGGGUAUACUUCAAGUUAGACAGCUCCGAGGGAGACAAAGGCUACUACGAGAUGAAGGCACUGACACCAGACCAAGCCACGAGAAUCGCGGAAGCAAUCAGCUGCUUCCUACCUCAUCUGCAGCCACAGAGAAAGCGAACCAUGUCCCUUGACAGCUCGUCACUGUCACCUCUCUCCCCUGGACGGAGGGGCACCGACCAGCCAGGCCAUGCUUCCGAUGACCACUUAGUGUUCAAGUAUCCAUCUUCCCAGCUAGACCCAGCAAGGAAAGAUUCCUCGUCCAGUCUUGUGCCCCCGCCAGUCAGUCCUAGACCCCCCUCGACCCUCUUGUCACCACCCAGCCCCAAGGCACCAUCAAGCUCCCAGUCCACAUCACCGAGGAUGCUCAAAAUCAACCCACCGCCAACGAAACUGUCCCCAGCAAGUCCAAAAUUGCUAGCAAGCCCUGCAUCCCAGCCUAGCCUUUCUCAGAAAAAGAACUUUUGAGAUGUGUGAUUAAAUGCUUAUGUAAUAGUUAUUAAUGAAAGGUUGGCUUCAUUUUAGAUUUAUGGUACAUGUAAUAAUAUGAUUAAAAAGUCAACACGUUAUCGACACAAUUCACUUCACUUCUAAAUAUUCACUUCAAGACUGGACAUACUGUAGAUCCUUAUAAAAAUAAGGAACAUAAUUCAAAGACGUUUCCCAGUAAAAACACACUGAACACCAUUCUGUUUCACUUUUUUUGUUUUUCAAGCUAUCACUUGAAACUUUAUUCUAUUUACAUCUUGGUGAGACAACAUUAUGAGGUAUUCAGGGGUGUUGUAACAGACUGUCCAUCCAACUCAGAGGUCCUUGACAAGUGGACUUGCCUUCAUGACUUAGGUGUUUUCUCGUCCGAGUUUUAAUCAGUCCAAG